GAUGGUGAAGAUUACCUGAAGAGAAGUACCGCAACGACUAAGGAAGAGCGUGAAAGUAAAAUGUUCUUAAUGAUGGAAAUCUGUGCGGAUGGAAGUAAGUUGAUAAUAUAAUUUGACCAAUAUCUCUGUUGACAAAAUAUGGCUGUCAAUUCUGCUGGUACUGUUCGAAAUCGUCGUGAAAAUAUCGUUAGUCAGAGAGACAAAAGUCCUGAAAAAGACAAUAAUCUUGUACGAAAAAGAAAUAAUAAAGCCGAUUCUCCGAUAUUACCAGACGCAUUUAAAUGUGAAACAUACUGGCUUACCAGGAUUGUAUUUUUAAGGUCAUUAGCGUUUGUGUAUUUUGUUGCUUUUCUUGUGGCUCUAAAUCAAAACAAACAACUGAUUGGAAGCAAUGGUCUUCUGCCAAUUCCAAAUUUCUUCAAAAUGGUAAAAAAUCAUUUUGGUGCACAGUUUCGACUAGCAUCAUUUCAAGCAGUUCCUACUUUGCUUUGGGCUGUGAAUCCUGAAAAUAUUGACUUCUAUCUUGAUAUGGUUGCUUAUGCUGGUAUCCUGAUCUCUCUAUUUAUUCUUUAUUUUGUGCAAAAUAUGUUUAUGAUGUUGACAUUAUGGAUAUUGUAUCAUUCAUUGGUGAACAUCGGACAAAGAUGGUAUUCUUUUGGAUGGGAGUCGCAGCUUUUAGAGACAGGAUUCCUGGCAAUAUUCCUCUGUCCAGUUGUCAAGCUUCAGCAAAUUCCUGUUUAUAGCCCAACCCCUGUUGUUGUCAAACUUGGAUAUCGUUGGCUUCUUUUUCGUAUAAUGUUUGGCGCUGGAAUGAUAAAAAUACGAGGUGAUCAAUGCUGGAGAGAUUUAACUUGUAUGAACUACCACUAUCAGACACAACCUGUUCCCAAUCCUCUGAGCUACUAUUUUCAUCAAUCGCCGGAAAUAUUUCAUAAAUUUGAGACAUUGUCAAACCAUUUUAUUGAGCUCAUUGCUCCUUGGUUUUUACUGAUACCAGGACGUCCUACGAUGUUGUGUGGAACGAUACAAAUUGUCUUUCAGGUUGUUCUAAUUCUCAGUGGAAAUCUUAGUUUCCUCAACUGGCUGACAAUACUACCAAGUAUCAUGUGUUUUAAUGAUCAUAAUCUUUCAUCACUUUUCUCUACCACAUCCUUUGCAAGACAGGAAGUAAAUCGACUAAACAAACUCAUUCAUGAGGGUAAAUCACCAAAAGCACCAAAAGGUCUUCAUAUCAGAUGGAUUGUUGAAGUCUUUCUUGGUUUGUUGUUGGUUUUUCUCAGUAUUCCCGUUGUUCAAAAUCUCUUUUCGUCUCGUCAAGUUAUGAACACUUCAUUUGAAACGCUUCGUAUUGUCAACACUUAUGGAGCAUUUGGAAGUGUGACAAAAGAACGGACGGAGAUAAUUCUUCAAGGAACAAGGAAUUCGACUGUCCACGGUAAUGAUGUUGUUUGGCGCGACUAUGAGUUCAAAUGUAAACCUGGUGAUGUCAUGAGACGUCCAUGUUUCAUUUCACCGUAUCAUUAUCGUCUUGAUUGGCUAAUGUGGUUUGCUGCAUUUCAAAGAAUUCAAGAUAACCCGUGGUUGAUUCAUCUUACUGCUAAACUUCUCAACAACGAUCCUGGAGCAACAUCACUCAUAGCAAUAAAUCCUUUUGAAAAUGGUGAUCCUCCUAGGUAUAUUCGUGCUGAACAUUAUCUAUAUGAAUUUACAAAGAUUGGCGACAGUAAAGCAGGUCAAAGUCAAUGGUGGAGUCGACGAUACAUUCGGCCUUAUUUUCCUCCAAUUUCGUUAAAAGAUCUCAGACAAUAUAUGCAAAGUCAAGGUUGGAAAAUUCCUGAUUACAAGAAAUAAAGUAUUACAUCCAAAAAAAAACAUUCGUAAAUUCUGUAAUCUUUAAAUUCUUAUUGUACAAUGCUCAAAAGAAUACCAAUAUCAACAAUCGCUGAACCAAAAA